UUAUUCACUUUAAAGAGGAUAUCAAAUGAAAUUAAUGCAAUUAGGAAUACAAGUGCUUUUGAUUCUGCUUUUAUUCGGCAAGAGCACGAAUGCAAAAAGACGAAAUAGCGAUGAUGCCGAGACGAACGAGUAUGCAAUUCAUCAGCAUAAUUACGAAGAGGAACGUACGUCAGAAACGGGUGAUGAUCAUCGUGUGAAAGGAAUGGAACGGUUGCCACGCAAAAUUAAUUCGGAUCAAAAUAUUUUUCAAAGAGGAAAGCGCGGCUCACAAAAAUAUGAUCAUCUUCCAGCAGCCAUUAAGCCGGUGAAUCGCAAAAAGAAACAUAUUAUAAUUAAAAUACAUCCAAGUCAUAAGAAAUCACUGCAACGACAUCACAUACUUGAGGAGAAGCAAUUUCAUAAUCCUCGUCUUGACGAUAUACAAGAGUUUCACACUUUUGAGGAAACACAUGAGCACCUUGAUGAAAAACCAGAACAAAAUGGCGAAGACAAAUUUCCAAUUGAAGUAAAUCAGCCAACGGAGCCUGCGGAGACGUAUGAUGUCCCUGUCGAUAAGCAGCUUGAAGAUCCUCAUACGCAGGAAACGCAGCAUUUUCAUUCAGAGGAAGGAAAACACGAUAAGUCCAAAAAAAUCAAAAUCAAACAUCAUCAUCACCAUCAUCAUCAUAAUCAUGUCAAAGAAAUUAUUAAAAAGGUUCCAGAACCAUAUCCUGUUGAGAAAGUCGUUCAUGUACCGGUAGAAAAAAUCGUAGAAAAAAUUGUUCAUGUGCCAAAACCAUAUCCCGUAGAGAAAAUUGUCGAAAAGGUAGUAAAAAUACCAGUGGAAAAAAUAGUUCAUGUACCCAAACCGUAUCCAGUUGAAAAAAUUGUUGAAAAAAAAGUGCCCUACCCAGUAGAAAAGCUUGUUCAUGUCCCCGUCGAGAAAAUUGUUGAAAAAAAAGUACCAUAUCCUGUAGAAAAAAUUGUACAUGUUCCUAUCGAGAAAAUAGUUGAAAAAAUUGUCCACAUUCCGAAACCUUAUCCGGUCGAGAAGGUGGUUGAGAAAAUCGUACAUGUUCCCGUUGAAAAAAUCAUAGAGAAGAAGGUGCCCGUUACAGUUGAAAAGAAAGUGCCUUACCCUGUUGAAAAAAUUGUUCACAUUCCAGUAGAGAAAAUUGUGGAAAAAAUUGUUCAUGUUCCUCAACCAUAUCCCGUCGAAAAGGUUGUCAAUAAAUUUAUACCAGUGCCAAAGCCUUACGCUGUUGUUAAAGCAAUUCCCUAUCCGGUUGAAGUAAAAGUGCCGUACCAGAUAGAGAAACCAGUUCCGUACGCGGUGGAAAAACAAGUUCCCGUCCCAUAUAAAGUAGAAAUAGAAAAAAAAGUACCAGUAUAUAUACAUUCGAAAGAGCCUUACAAAUAUGUGCAUCCUCAUGAUGCACAUGUGGAAUUAGAUGAACACUCAAGCGAUACGCACAUUCAUGAAGAUCACUCCAGUCAUCAGGAAGACUAUGGGCAACAUCAACACGAUGUUGAGCCAUACCACGGGCAAACUGGACAUGACUUGUCUGUGUUUCCGUCAAAUCACAAACCUAGCGUAACUAGCUAUAAACAGGAGUUAAUUCAUAAACCAAACCAUCAACAAGCACACAACUAUAACUACAAUCAGAAGAACCAGAACAGUCCGAACAAUCGGCAGCACUCGGCCCAAGAAACUAAAAGGGUUGAAGUAACUUUAGCACCUCCCGAAGUAAAAGCUGACUCUGAAUUUCGCAUACAUGUGCCGGAUGAAGAACCAGCCGGCAGUGCCCCUCAGCCACAAUUCGCUAUUCCACCAUCCAGCGAAUCUUCUUUAGAUCUACUCCCGCAAGCAUCUACUAAUUCGGUUCACUUAACCCAAUUGCAGCCGAUAGCUUUACCUUUACAGUUUAUACAUUAUCAACCUAUACAAUAUCAACAGCCUAUAGGAUUCGCUUUAAACAGAUCAUCACAGUAUAAAUAAAAUUUGCUUUACCUAAAAAUUCACAUAAUAAUUGAGAAGUUUAUACUAGUCGGUGCAUUUCUAUCUUUCUAGCAUCCUGACGAAAUCGCGUUGUAAAUAAUAUCGUUUCAAACCUAAUGAGCAUGCAUGUUUAUAUAUAAACAUAUAAACAUUUAAACAUGAACAUCUCCAUAUUCCAUACAAAUAUGUCGUUUACGCUACAAUAUAGAAUGUAAGUUUGUUUAUAUAAAAUUAUGUGGAUAAAGAUUCGAAUUUCAAUUAUUUAAAAUAUUAAGGUAAGUAAACUCUCGGUUUGAGUCAAAUCUCUCUCUCUCUCUCUCU